UAUUUACACGCUCUGCGGUUUGAGUUAGCCCUAGAUGUCACAAACAAAAUCCGGCGCAUUUUGGACAAAAUUCGUGAUAUUUCCCGAACAGUUUUUAUAUUUUGUGAAGAUUCUUUUAUAUCUCUACGUGUGCUCGAACAUCCUUCUGUUGUUAGUGUUAUCAAAUAACGUUAGAUGAUCUUGUGAAGUUCCACAAAAUGCCCAACGUUGUAUUUAAAUCCGUGGAAAGUUUCAGCAGUGAAGAUCCGAGCUUCCCUGCUUCAAACCUCUUGGGCAAAGAUGCGCGUAAGUGGAAGUGUCGCGAUGCCGGGGAGAAGAAUGCUUUUGUUGUUUUGCGCCUUGAAAAGCCGCUGACCAUCAACGGAAUCGACGUGGGCAACGAACACUCGGCUUUUGUAGAAGUGCUUGUGGCGCGAAGUGGGCCAACCAAUCCCGAAUACAAGGAAAUUCUUCUGACGUCGUCGUUCAUGACCCCGAUCGAGAGCAGAAACUCGACCAAUACCAAUCGAGUGAGGUGCUUCACACAGGAUGCUCUGAUCGAAUCAGUGGCACGGGGUCAAUGGGAUUUAGUGAAGAUUAUUUGUACCCAGCCGUUCAACAGUCGUGUCCAGUACGGACUUUCGUUCGUGACGGUGCAUUGUCCUAGUGCGGAGAGGAAGCAUGAGAGAGAAUUGAUACCGGCGGAGAAAAAAUCACUGGUGCCGGAUAAGUUUAAGAAGCAGAUUCAGGAAGUGGCCGAGAAGGGAGAGGAGCCUAAAGUGACGAAGCUGGGUAGGUUCACCAUUCGAGAAGAAUCUCCGGACUCCGACGAAGGAAAUAACUCUGCUUCGUUGUUUGCACGCUGGAAAGAAAGUCGAAAUGGAAUCGCUGGAACCGGGAGUCCAAAAGUGACCAGUAGUCCGUCGAACGUGGUGUCAACGGCUGCUGCUAUUCGCAAUGCUUCCACACCGGCUGCCGUGAAAAAUAGACAUUCCACUCCGAUGGCGAGCCGGAAACCGGUCGCCAUAACACCAAAGACUAAACCCCGCUUAUUUGACGACGACGAUGAUGAUGACGAGGUGGCCAAAAAACCCUUGAACCGUAAUCGUGAUUCGCUUCUGUAUGAUAAGGACGACGAUAGACCAAAUGAAAAAUUAGAGAAAAAAAUGGCCGAAGAUCGAGCUCGAGCUCAACGGGAAAAAGAUGCCAAAGCAGAUAAGGAGAAGCGAGAUCGAGCUCUGGUGGAAAAGAAGGCCAAGGUCCACGACACGUCUGCAUCGAAGUUUAAAGACUUUUUGUUCGACGAUCCGCCGAAUGGCACCAAAGACGACAGUCCCAAAAAGAUCAGUUCAUCUCAGGAAAAGCCGAAUCGGUCUAGGUCUCCUUCCGCAGAGAAAGCAAAGCAUAAACGACAUGAUUCGGAUAAAGGCGAUGAGAAACAUCAGCGUGAUAAAAAACCAUCUGAGGAAAGGAAAAAGCGACCCUCGGAAUCGCCUGUUAAACGGGAUCGCUCGAAAGAAGAAGGAUCUUCCAGCAGUAAGAAACCAAAACUUCAACAACCGUCUAGGAACAAAGACGACGAGGAGGAUGGGAGCAAGCGUAAACCGGCGACCUACAAACCGUUCAACAAACUGUUGGAAAAUGUUGUGCUCGUCAUCAGUGGCAUACAGAACCCGGAUCGGGCGAAUCUUCGGAACCAAGCGCUGGCUAUGGGGGCUAAAUACAAAUCGGACUGGGAUUCGAGCUGUACGCAUCUCAUAUGCGCCUUCAAGAACACACCCAAGUACAACCAGGUACACGGCAAGGGUAAAAUAGUGAAAAAGGACUGGAUCGAGAGGUGUCACGCCCUCCGGAAGCGCCUGUCUUGGCGCAAAUUUGCCCUGGACUCGAAUGACGCCGAACAAACGGAUUCCGAGGGGGAAAUCAUCGACAUCUCGAAGAAACCCAGUGGAUCCUCGCCGAGCAAGCGCGGCGAAGAGCGCAGUAGGGAAACCCGUGAAGAACCAGUGCGAGAAACGGACGAAGAAGCCCUGGCCCAUUACGACCUGGACGAUGUGGUGAUGGUGGAGGAUGCAAAACCGAACACGGUUGAGGUUUCCGGAUCAGACACGGAAGAGGAGAUCGAGCGGGUGAAGCAAAUGCAGCAGAAGAAGCCAACGGAGGAUGCCAGCGGAAUGUAUGACAAGAGUACCGAGGACGAAGGAAGCCAAAGCACAGCCGACGCUUUUGCCCCGCUGGACUUCUUUAAGGGCAAAUCGUUUUUUAUUGAUUCGGAUGUUGGGGCCGUGGACAUGAUUAAGCUGGAACGAUACGUUAAAUUGUAUAAAGGAUCUACUACCAAGACCGCAACGGAGGCGGAUUACGUCGUAACGCGUAACCGUAAGCCCAUGGGUGACAGCUUCAAGGGAGAAAUCAUCAAACCGUUGUGGGUGUACGAAUGCCAUGACAUGGAGUGUCUCAUCCCAACCCAGCGAUAUCGGCCUUGAACAUGAAGUAUUACCAACAUAUUUCGCUUGUUUCUCUAUUUAUUAAGUUAUCUCCUCUUUUUAACCAAUACAAAAUCAGUGUGAUACUCAA